UCUCUCUCUCUCUCUCUCGCGCGCUCUCUCCUCCGCCGCGGAGCUGCGCGUGGGUCGGCCGUGCGCUGGGUCGGACACUGCGAACCCCAAACCUCCGCCAGGCACCGCGGCGAGUCCCCUCCGCCGCGAUGAGCGCCGUUUGACCAACCGACGUGACAGGACUUGUCUGCAGUGAGAAAUGCAUUAGAAGGAGCAGCUUUAUCACCACUCGCAUCAUCUUCAUCAUCCUCAAUCCUGUAUAGUUGAUUUCCCCGAAAUGACCUCUUCCGCUGGGACUGACUCUGACCCAUCACCUUUCCUCCAGCUUCAAGAGGUGGGCUCUACCAAGGCCCAGGAGAGAGCUCCCUCCCCGGGGACGCUGCCCCAAGUCUACACCCCUCCUGUGGGAGUGGACAGCCACACGGUUUGCAUCCCUUCUCUGUACACUGACGGCAGCCUUGAGUACAACCACGCCCAAGGACCUCUAAGCUUCUACAGCCCCUCUGUGCUGAGCUACAGCCGGCCGUCUGUUUCUGACAGCCCCUCCUCUUUGUACCCGCCACUCAGCCCCUCGCUCUUCUGGCCAGCCCACAGCCACCCCAACGUGCCCGCCUUAACCCUGCACUGCCCCCAGCCUUUGGUUUACAAUGAGCCCACCCACCAUGCCCCCUGGAUAGAGACCAAACACCAAGGCAUCGGCACUAACAGCUGUAACAAGUUUCUUGGGAAGAGGACUGAGGAGGGAGUGGAAGGGCUCGACCCCUCCUCCUCGACGUCGUCGUCUUUGGCUUUGGUGGGCGGUAAGGCCGACAUGCACUUCUGUGCCGUGUGCCAUGACUACGCCUCGGGUUACCACUACGGCGUGUGGUCCUGCGAGGGCUGCAAGGCCUUCUUCAAAAGGAGCAUCCAGGGGCACAAUGACUAUAUUUGCCCCGCCACGAACCAGUGCACUAUCGACAAGAACCGACGCAAGAGCUGCCAGGCCUGCCGCCUACGCAAGUGCUAUGAAGUGGGCAUGAUGAAGUGUGGGGUGAGGCGGGAACGCUGCAGCUACAGGGGGACUAGGCACCGGCGCAGCGGGGCCCAGCCCAGGCAUUCGACGGGGAGCAGGGGACUGGUCAGGGUGGGGCUGGGGUCACGUGGCCAACCGCACCUCCACCUGGAGGCCUCUCUCCCCUUUCUACCUCCCCUCCCCCAGGUUAACAAGGCGCACCACUCAGCCAUGAGCCCGGAGCAGUUCAUCUCCCGUAUCAUGGAGGCGGAGCCUCCGGAGAUCCACCUCAUUGAUGAACUGAAGAAGCCCUUCACCGAGGCCAGCAUGAUGAUGUCCCUCACCAACCUAGCCGACAAGGAACUGGUGCUAAUGAUCAGCUGGGCCAAGAAGAUCCCUGGCUUUGUGGAGCUGAGCCUGGCGGACCAGAUUCACCUGCUGAAGUGCUGCUGGUUAGAGGUCCUGAUGCUGGGUCUCAUGUGGAGAUCUGUGGACCACCCUGGAAAACUCAUCUUCUCCCCCGACUUCAAACUCAACAGGGAAGAGGGCCAUUGUGUGGAGGGCAUCGUGGAGAUCUUUGACAUGCUGCUGGCAGCCACCUCUCGUUUCCGUGAGCUCAAAUUACAAAGGGAGGAGUACGUCUGCCUGAAAGCCAUGAUCCUCCUAAACUCUAACAUGUGCAUCAACUCCUCAGAGACGGAGGAGGAGGCGGAGAGCAGGAAUAAGCUCCUGCGUCUGCUGGACUCGGUGAUUGAUGCCCUGGUGUGGGCCAUCUCCAAGUUGGGCCUCUCCUCGCAGCAGCAGACGCUACGCCUCGGCCACCUCACCAUGCUGCUCUCCCACAUCCGCCACGUCAGCAACAAAGGCAUGGACCACCUCUCCACCAUGAAGCGGAAGAACGUGGUGUUAGUUUAUGACCUCCUCUUGGAGAUGCUGGAUGCCAACACAUCCAUCAAAAGCAGCACCAGUCACAUGUCGUCCCCGAUCGUCUCUGACUACGGCCAUGAGCAGAAGCCCCAGGCCAGCGCAGGUCCAGACCAGGCCACCUCCCAGCCGACCACUAAAGAGACCUCCCUCCUGGAGACUCACUUCCAGGAGCAGAGUUUACAACCGCGCCCUCCUCACCUGCCUGAGAUCUCAGAGGAGGCUCACACUGCUGUGGAGAGCAAUAGAUACAUCCAGUCAGAACAGUGGCCAGUGGAGACGGGUGAUGUGGGGUCCUUGGUAGAAGAGACAGACUACAUCAUCACAGAGCGCAUUGACAUGGGAGCCAUCUGAAGCUGGUUCAGUUUACUGGAGCGACUGGCCCGACAAGAGAGAAGCUGGAAUUGGGAUUUGGACUGAGCCAUAACUGUUCUGUGGGAGAAGGUGGGGGUAAGGAGGUGAGUCGGGUUAAAUCCAGCAAAGGAUCACCACAGAAGAAGAAUGCUAAAUACUGAAUGAGUAAGGUAAAUAUUCUGUUCUCUUUGCAAGAUGUUUUUGGUCCGUGGGAAAAAAAAACCCCACACAUUUCUAACAGUGAAGUAUUUUGGUUUUUUGGUUUUGUUUUUUGAUUGAAUGUAUAUUUUGUGUUUGUAAUAUUUCCUGUGAAUGUGCACAUGGUGGUCACGAGUACCUCUCUGAGCCUCUGCCAGUCCAAUUGAGCUUUUUUGAUAUGCAGUAUUUGAAUUUUUUCACCUGUGUGUAACUUUGAGAACAAGCCAUACCAUUGACAGUGACUUACUUAAAGGUGCGUGUGGUCUACACAGUUAA